GUUUACGCAGUGAAUUCGUAUACAGCGCCAUCAACGCGUGAUAAGAUGAAUCGCGAGAAGCGGUUGCGAGGGCUGUAACUCACAUUUACGUGUGGAAAUUUAAUUAACACUACGUUACAGUAUCUCUUUGGGAUUGUAAUAUAGAUCCCAAGCAGAUUUUUGAAGUCGGCUGUAAAGCCGAUUAUCACGAAACACGAAAGUGCUACGAAAAUAAGAUUAAAAAUCGAUUUCGAGGUUUCUAGAAGAAAAGGCUACCAUAGAGGCGGACAAUCUGCCACACUUUGCGGGGUGACGCGGGGAUAUUUUCAGAUAAUCGGAUAUUUCAUCAAAUAUGGCUGCGCUACCAAGGAGGAUUAUCAAAGAAACACAAAGAUUAAUGCAAGAACCAGUUCCUGGUAUCAGUGCUGUGCCAGAUGAUACAAAUGCUAGGUAUUUUCAUGUAAUUGUAACUGGACCUGAAGAUUCACCAUUUGAAGGUGGACUUUUUAAACUUGAAUUGUUCCUACCAGAAGACUAUCCAAUGUCUGCUCCUAAAGUUAGAUUCAUUACAAAAAUUUAUCAUCCAAAUAUAGACAGAUUGGGCAGGAUUUGCUUGGAUAUCCUUAAAGACAAGUGGAGUCCUGCUCUUCAAAUCAGAACAGUUUUACUGUCAAUACAAGCACUUCUAAGUGCACCAAAUCCAGAUGAUCCUUUGGCAAAUGAUGUAGCUGAACUUUGGAAAGUAAAUGAAAGCGAAGCAAUACGUAAUGCCAAAGAAUGGACUCGGAGAUAUGCUAUGGACAACUGAUCUUAGAUCAUCCAUGAUGCAAAGUGAUGUUACCCUUUUCUUUCCGAGUUUACCGAUCACUUUACUCGCACCAGCUGCGUACCCUGCACCUGUGUCCACAAUUUUGCUAUAAAAAUAAUAAAAGUUUUGUAAGAGUAAACAGAAUGAAACUGUAUUUUCUAUAUUGCGGGGAAUACAAAGAUGUCGUGUUUAGAUUUCUUCAACGGUUUGUGAAGCAGAUUUGUCAAGAAUCUUCUAACAUUGAACAACAUCAAUUGUAAGAAGAUUCCUAUUUCAAAAGAAAAAGGUAUAAUUUUAAUGAAUUACUAGUUUUUACUUAAAAAUAUACCUUUGUAGUAAAAAUAAGUGAAUGUAGUAUGUUGCGUCAACAUUUUUUUUAAAUAUUAUUACAGAAUGGCUUGUGCAAUCAGUAAUUUAUAGCCUUUAUUUUGGUACUUUUAAUGUAUCCCUGAAAAAAAGCAGUUCUAGAUUGCUCAUUAUAUUAUACUAAUAUUACAUUUUUCUGUAUUUUAUGGAAUGUUUCCGAAUUGGUAAUACAAGAUAGAAAUGAAUCUAUAUGAAAAAAUAAAUUGAAAAUAUAGAAUAACAUUUUUUUGUACGGAGCUUUAUUUUCAAAUAAAUUGAUGUUAAAAAUUGUAUAAAUAUAACUUAUGUCUGAAAGAUAUAUCGAUUAAAAAAUUUAUUCUUUUUGUUAUUUGAAUUUAUUAAAUUAAAUAAUUAAAAGAAUAAACGUUGAAAUAUAAUUAUUUUUUAAUCAAAAAAUUUUUUAUAAAUAUACAUUUUUAAAAAUUUACAUUUUUUUUGUUAACAUAUGGUAUUAAGCUAUCAUAUAUGUUAAAUUGUUAAUAUUUUUACCAGGCAGCAUCUUCAUUACGCAUUUAUAGUAUACUCAAAUAUAAACGAAUUCGACAUAUGAUUUUAUUUAUUUUUAAAUUUAAGUACUUUCAGUAAAACUCUAUAUAAAAAAAUGUUAUUUUAAAUUUCCGAAUUAUUUUUUCAUUUCGAUUUAUUCUUUUUUGAUUUGUACCAUCAUAUAUAAUAUAUCGGAAAUACUCUGUAUUAUGUCUACUAACUGGUUGUCUGAUAAUCUUAAUGUAUUUAUCAUUUCCACGAGUGUCCGACGUUGGAUGAAAGAUAUUAUGAUAUUGAAUUAGAGAUCGACAUGGCAUUUAUUUAUGUAUUAACUAUGAAUUAACUACUUCAUAUAUGUAUAUAUAUAUAUAUUAUAUAAUAUAAUAUACAUAUAUGUAUGUAAUAAGCGUACAAACGUAUUGAAGUUAUUCAUGAAUGCGAAGUUCCAUUUUUGAAGUAUAUAACUAUAACUAUUGUAAUAAUUAUCUAUUGCAGAUUUUUAUUUAUCAGUAUAAUGUAAGACAAAAUGUUUUGAAUAUUCAUAAAAACUUCUCAUGAUUU